AUGAAUGAAUAUUCACACUUAACUUUACCUUUUCACUUUAAUUCUGAAAUCAAAUAAGUGGAUUUAUAAACUUUUUAAUUCCCAAAUAAUAAAACAAAACCACUUGAUUUAUAAGUGAUAAAUUCUGAAAAGGGAAAGUUUAUUUUAAAAAAAAUGAAUCAAACUAAUAUCAUAUUUAGAAUGAGAAAAUUUUAACAUAAGAGUGAUCCAAAUAUUGUAGUUUAUAAAUUAGAAUAUGAAAGUGAAAUUAAUGAUACUUAUGAUUCUUAAUAUUAUUUUUAAGACUUUUAUUUUGAAGGUGAAAAUGAUUAAAACAUAUUAGAUUAAUUUAAAAGUAAUAGUUAUUAUUAUUAAUUAACUAAAUAGAAUAUAUAUAAUGUAAACCUUAUCAAUUAUAAAAAUAACAUGUUCCAAGAGACAUAGCUAAACCAUUUUGUUGGAGAGGUUCUAAUUUUAAAAUUAAUUUAAUGAAAAAGUAUGUAAAGAGAAAUAAAGUUGAAAAGAAAAAUUUUAUUACACCAUUAAAAUUUGGAGAAGCUCAUUCUAAUAUAAAUGAAAAUAAUUAAGAUAUUGAUCCAAUCUUAAAUUAAUUAUUUUAAAGAAAACCAAUAUGGUUAAAGAAAUAAUUAAUUAAAGAAUUAAAAUAAUUUUAGUAAUAUGAAGAAAAAUUAGGUUAAAUGGUUUAUUAUUAUUAUAAUGGACCAUGGGCUAAAUGUUAUGUAUUAAAAUAAUUUAAUCCUUAAUUGAAUCCAACAGCAGCAUAAUAUUAAACAAUAAAUAUAAAGAAUAAUUAAAAUGAAGAAUCAAAUAGUGAAGAUUAAGAUUAUCCAUAAAAAUGUUUUACCUUAUUAUAACUUUGUGAUUUAUAAGAUAAGGAUAUAGAUAAUAUAAUUAAUGAGGUAAUUAAUAAAGGAAAAUAAAAUCCACCAAAUUCAAAAGAUUUCGAAAAGUAUGGAUGGUUUGAAAAACAACAAAUGAAGAUAAUUGUUCGAAAAAUUAAAAGUAUGAGAUAACAUCAGAACAAAUAAUGA